AGCUUGGGAGCAUAUUGGAGAUCUGAUGAGGCUUCAGUCACAAAGAAGGUGGAUUACGAUAUGUAGGCUGAGAGAGAGGGAUGUGGACUCGGGUGGUAGGCAGGAAAAGCUGCUUCUUGCUCAGUGGGUGGAUUCCCACGGCUUCAUUUCCUACCUGUUAGAGGUUUUUUGUUUUAAUCGGGAAAUGUUUUUGACGUCAGAUGCUGAACAUUCUACGAGGCUUCCUCGUCUGCUCCUCCCGCGGACCCCUGCGUAGAUCCUUAGUGGAAAGAUGGAUGAGCACUUACCAGAACAAAGUACUUCAAGGAUGGUCAACUUACUGAAGGCUGAUAAUGAAUCUUCCAACUUACCAAGUGUUGAAGAAGCUGACAAAAAGUAUGAAAUUCAGGAUGGUCUACAUACUGCAGACACUGGAUGUGAAAAAGGCACUUUAAGCAUAGAAAAUAAAGAGUUAAUGCUGGAUCCCACCUUACCAUCUAUUGAUCUAAGUGAGGAUGGAGAUGUAAUUGAAGCAGAACCUGCUCCAGAUUUUAAUGGAGACUGCUGUGAGUUAAAAAUAAAAGAAACCAAGGAAACAGAUUGCUUGCCCAGUGGAGACAGCAAACAACAGGUUUUGAAAACUGAGGACAAAAAUCAAUCCUUGACGGACCUUUUUCAAGAUCAUGUGAAAAGGCCUUAUGGGGUCUGUUCAGAGAGCCCAUAUGACACAGAUUACACUAAGAACCUUAUCUCAAAUCUAGAGAAUGCUUCCUCUCAGGAGGCUUUGCUAGAAGAAAUCGAGUCUGAGCUCCUGUCGACAGAUUUGUUGAAAAAUCCUAUGUUUUCAAAUGGAAUGUGCAAUACCAAGGCUACUUUGGCUGUAUUUGAAAAAUGCAUUCAAGAUAAAUACCUUCAGCAAGAGCACACAAUAAAGAAAUUGAUUAAAGAAAACAAAAAGCAUCAGGAACUAAUUUUGGACAUUUGUUCAGAAAAGGACAACUUAAAGGAUGAACUGAAAAAGAGAACAGAAACUGAAAAGCAACAUCUCAAUAUAAUUAGACAGCUGGAAGUCAGAAUAGAAGACCUCCAAAAAGAAGCUAAAUCAGUUAAAGAUAAACUUAUAUCCCAGGAUGCUGCUGCAAAAAAUGCUAUACAGCAGCUGCACAAAGAGAUGGCCCUUCGUACAGAUCAGGCAAACAAGAAAUGUGAAGAAGCCCGUCAAGAAAAGGAAGCUAUGGUCAUGAAGUAUGUUAGAGGAGAAAAGGAGUCCUUAGACCUCAGAAAGGAAAAGGAGAUACUUGAAAGAAAACUGAGAGAUGCAAAUAAAGAUAUUGAAAAGCAUACUAACAAAAUCAGGCAGCUUUCCCAGGAAAAAGCAAGAUUGCACCAACUCUUUGAAAGCAAGGAAAGUGAAACCACCAGAAUGUCACGAGAAAUUGAAAAAUUAAAAGAAGAAGUCAACUCUUAUGUGAUCAAAGUAAAAUGGGCUCAAAACAAAUUAAAGGCUGAAGUGGAUUUACACAAGGAAACCAAAGAUUGCCUUAAAGAGGCAGUAACUAAGUUGACUCAAGCAAAGGAGGAAGCUGACCAGAUACGAAAGAAUUGCCAAGAAAUAAUAAAAACAUAUCAGGAGUCUGAAGAAAUUAAAUCCAACGAAUUAGACCUAAAACUCCGACUUACCAAAGGAGAACUGGAGAAACAUCUGCAGGAGAGAUCUGAUCACCUAGAGGUCCAUCAUGCCAAGAUAAAAGAACUUGAAGAUGUGAAGCGGACAUUUAAGGAAGGCAUGGAUGAGUUGCGAACCCUAAGGACAAAGGUCAAGUGUUUAGAGGAUGAACGGUUGAGAACAGAAGAUGAGUUAUCAAAAUACAGAGAACUUAUUAAUCGACAGAAGGCUGAGAUUCAUAAUUUGCUAGACAAAGUGAAAACUGUAGAUCAGCUGCAGGAGCAACAUCAAAGAGAUGAACAAGAAAUGAACUGUUUGAAGGAAGAAGUGGACAGCCUGAACACUCUGCUUAGUGACUUCCAGAAGGACAUAGAUGGUAGCCGUAAAAGAGAAUCUGAGCUGUUGAUGUUCACUGAAAAGCUAACCACUAAGAAUGCCCAACUCCAGUCAGAAACCAACUCCUUACAGAUGCAGCUUGAUAAGCUAACCUUCAUGGAAAGAGAGUCACAGAAUCAGUUGGAACUUCUUAAUCAAGCAAGAGAUGAACUGGCAAGUAAAUUGAAGAGGGAAGAAGAGCUCCACAGAAACAAUGUCCAGAUGCUAGAGAGGGAACUGGCAUCUCAACAGAAAGCAUUUGCAGACUUGAACACCAAGGCAGAUGAAUUAAAGGAUGAACUCGUUACGCAGAAGCGAAAGCAUGCUGCAAAUCUUAAAGACCUCACCAAGCAACUUCAGCAAGCACGAAGAAAAUUGGAUAACCUUGAAAAUGGCAGUUGUGAUAAAGAAGUCAGCAGCAUGGGGAGUCGUUCCAGCUCAUCAGGGUCUCUUAACGCUCGAAGCAGCAAUGAAGAUCGUUCACCAGAAAACACUGGCUCUUCGGUAGUAGUUGAUCAUUUUCCUGAAGUGGACAAAACUAUCUUGAUUGAGCGGAUAGUGAGACUGCAGAAAGCACAUGCUCGAAAAAAUGAAAAGAUGGAGUUCAUGGAGGAUCACAUCAAACAACUGGUGGAAGAAAUCAGGAAAAAAACCAAAAUAAUCCAGAGUUACAUUUUGCGGGAAGAAGCUGGCACACUUUCAUCUGAAGCAUCAGAUUUCAAUAAAGUACAUUUAAGUCGGCGUGGUGGGAUCAUGGCUUCUCUCUACACAUCACACCCGGCAGACAGCGGACUCACAUUAGAACUCUCUCUGGAGAUAAACAGGAAACUUCAGGCAGUCCUGGAGGAUACUUUAUUGAAAAAUAUUACCCUAAAAGAAAACCUGCAAACUCUGGGAACUGAAAUAGAACGGUUAAUUAAGCAGCAACAUGAACUAGAACAGAGGCUGAAGCAAACAUAACUGAGAGCAAGACUAAAGAAGUAGACGUUCCAGCUUUGAUGAUUAUAUAAACUGGAUGACCAACUAUGUUUUGUCACUCCCACAACGUUUUAACCAAGCAAAGUUGCUUAUGAACAACUUUGACUGGAUCCCAAUGCCUGCUUGGCUUAAAUGAAUGGAGACCUUGAACUUUUCUGAACAUACUUCCAUCCAUCACUUAAACUAAAUAUCAACACUUGCAGCUUCUUCUGUUAGAGAGAAUGCAACCACUCUGCAUUGUGCAAUUAAAGCAGCAGCUUUAAAAAUGGACUGCUGUACUAGGACUGGCGCGUUUGUUGUUGAUAUUUGUUUUGCAAAGGGAAGAUGGGGUAAAAAAUGGGUGGCUGUUGCAUGUAUAUUAACUCCACUGCCUUCUAGGGCAUACAUUUUUUCUCCAAAUAUACAUGCGUUCUCGGAUAUAUUUAGAUUUGUUAUUUAUAACAUGCAUUGGGAAAGGGCUUCAUAGUAUACUUUUUUUUAAUAUACAGUUGAAAGAUAUGGCAGGUAUUUUAGCAAGUUGACCAAAAACAAUGUUUUAAAAUCCCUCUUGACUCCUCAGAUGUGAAUAGUAUCUUUUUAAAAAAAAAAAAUUGGUGAUAACGAAAAGAUUGAGAAAACUCUGCGUUGUAUUGACGUAAGAGGUUGAAGCCAAUUUUGUAUCUAUGGGAAAACAAAAACAAUAUAGAAUCAAGAAGCCUUCA